CCGGAAGCGAUCCUGGGGUCAGGGCAUGAAGAUGGCGGCGCGCGCGGCGUGUGCGGCUGUGUGCAGGCGCUUGCAGCAGGAAUUGGGGAGUUUGUCUGUAAAUGGUUCUAAGAGCAGUGCAGCCCAAACUGGUGGCCUCCUGCUCAGCACCAGUGUGAAGUGGGCUCCGACGUCCAGCCUGCACAUCGAUGUUCCAAAGGAUCCGGCCAAACCCACGAUAGCCACUUCCGAUGAGCCAGACACAUUGUAUAAACGCCUGUCCAUUUUAGUGAAAGCCCAUGACAAGGCUGUGUUAGACAGUUAUGAGUAUUUUGCCGUGCUCACUGCUAAAGAACUUGGCAUUUCUAUUAACGUACAUGAGCCGCCAAGGAAGAUGGAGCGGUUCACUCUUCUCAAAUCGGUGCACAUUUUCAAGAAGCACAGGGUUCAGUAUGAGAUGAGGACGCUCUACAGAUGUUUCGAGUUAAAACACUUAACUGGAUGCACAGCCAAUGUCUACUUGGAAUAUAUCCAGCGAAAUUUACCCGAAGGGGUUGCCAUGGAAGUAACAAAGACACAGAUACAGCAGCUGCCAGAACACAUCAAGGAGCCCAUGUGGUCAACACUCACCGAGGAAAAAGAAGAAAGCAAGUCGUAGCCUCGGGAUGCCUCCUGUGCUGGGAUCUGAGCUGAGCAGGCCUGGUGUGAGAGCACCCCAGCCGAGGGAGCACUCCAGCCGAGGGGAGCUCAAGGCUGCCUGACCUGCUCUGUGGAGCCCUCACACCCUGAGCAGUGCCUGAAGCCUGCAUGGUGGGCUUGGUCUCAGAAGAAGCACUGCAUCUGGUCGUUUCUACCUGACGUCGCUUGUGUUCUGGUUUGAACAAACAUUAGCAGACUUCUGUAUAACCUGAAAUAAAAGAUCCAGAUUUAAACA